AGGAUUAGAUGGUGGUUGGCAGUAACGCAUACCUCGGAGCAAUCUCUCAUUGAAGCAAAAUUUGGGGCUCAGUUCGGGAGCUGAUGUUGACGUUGCCCGAGACAUUUUUGGAUUCUCGGCUUUUGUAGACCCCCGUCCCGAUUUGCCCUUUUCAGUCCAAAACCACUCCAGAUUGUACCACGUUCAAGGGGUGCACGAAAGCAGUAGAUAAGUGGCGGGAUGCACGAUGAGUAAUAGAAUGGUAUCCGGAAGCCCUGCGAGGGUCAACAAGUUUUCUUAGCCAGAUACUGCGAUAAAAUGCGACCAAAAACUAAGGGGUUCGGCAAGGAUAAAUGACGCUUGGCUCUUUGUGGAGGAUUAUGUGCAGUUGAGAGUCACAGACAAGACCCGAGGCGUUCGUGUUGGAUGGACGAUCGAUUGAAUCAUAAGGUAUUUGCCUAAAACGGCUAGAUUCUUAUCGAUAGCUCUCGAUCACGGGACUUCGUGACCCGUGACGCGUUUCAUCCCAUUGUAAGAGAACUUCAACGUCCUUUCAGCAUUUGCAUUGUACCUUGAAUUAUAUCAAAAAGCGAUACUUGUUAGCAUUCCAUCCAGAUAGAUAUCCAUCCGUAUAGAGAUUUGUUGAGAGUGGACAUUCAUCUGUACAAACUACCUUAUCAUCAUCAUGCCCGAGCUAGCCGAAGUCUCACGUAUCGUCCAUUUCAUACGCCAGCAUCUUGUCGGCAAGACCCUCUCCAAGGUAUCUACGCAAAAUGAUGACAUUGUUUAUGGUAAAGCGGGAACUAGUGCUUCGGAGUUUCAGAAAGCAAUGGAGGGAAAGAAGAUCGUUGGUGCAGGGCAGCAAGGCAAAUACUUCUGGAUAGCCAUGGCGUCGCCGCCGCAUGUCGUAAUGCAUUUUGGCAUGGCAGGCUGGCUAAAAAUUCGAAAUGCUGACACAUACUACUACCGGACUGACAAGCCACAAGACAAAGAAUGGCCCCCUAAGUACUGGAAAUUCUUGCUGGAAACGGAUGAGGACCCAAAGACAGAGGCUGCAUUUGUUGACUUCCGCAGACUAGGCAGGAUACGACUGGUGGAUUGCCCUGCGGAGCAGAUUCGAAACUUCAGCCCCCUCAAAGAGAACGGUCCAGACCCUGUGGCGGAUAAGGACACCGUGACAGAAGACUGGCUGGCAGGCAAGCUAAGGAGCAAGAAGGUCCCCGUCAAGGCUUUACUUCUGGACCAAGCGAACAUAAGCGGGAUUGGCAAUUGGAUGGGAGAUGAGAUUCUCUACCAUGCGAGAAUUCACCCAGAGCAAUAUAGCAACACCUUGACUGACGAUCAAGUCAAAGAACUUCACUCAGCCAUUCAUUACGUCUGCUCAACCUCGGUGGAUUUGCUGGCAGACUCCGACAGGUUUCCUGAGGACUGGCUGUUCAAAUACCGAUGGUCGAAAGGGAAGAAAACUGCCUCUCCCACUUUACCGAAUGGUGAUAAGAUUACUUUCCUUACUGUCGGUGGUAGGACAAGUGCUGUGGUCCCAAGUGUGCAGAAAAAGACCGGCCCUGUAACGAAGGACGUCAAGACUGAGGAGGACGGUGCGCAGAAUAAACGGAAGCGAGGAAUAGUGCCUAAAGUUGAGAGUGAUGCGGAGGCAAGCGAGGAAGAGCCAAAGACGAAGAAAGCAGGAUCAAAAAAGGGAGCCAAGCCGACCAAGAAAGCUGAAGAGGAGAAAAAACUCGAAGUAGACGGUACAUCGUCUACGGGGAGGAGGCGUUCCACUCGGCUCAAGAAAUGAGCUCUGGGAUGCUGCUUUGCCCUUACAAUCUCUCGGGUCUUUGAUAAUUGAACCAUGUAAUUUACACCAAAAAU